AUGGCGAGUCAGCAAUGCGCACAUUGUGGUCAGUCUGAUUACCUGAAGAGAUGCUCCCUGUGUCGUGAAGUGUUUUACUGCGGAAGGGAUUGCCAGAAACGGGAUCUUCGUCGUCAUCGACAGCAAGAUGGCUGCAUUUCAAACCACUGCGCGGUGAAGUGGUCGCCACCGACAGAGUUGCGCGAGAUUAGCUGCAAGUGGAAGGGGGACACUUUCAAGGUGAAAGUUGAGUUCGAGGCUACAGUGGCAGACUUGAAGAAGCACAUCUUUGCGAAGCACAAGGAGCUUCCAGUGGAUCAGCAAAUGCUCUUUUAUUCGGAGAAUGUCCUGGAUGGCCAGACACCCAUCAAGGACCUGGACAUCAAGGAGGGGGAGCCUCUGACGGUGAGGUUGCACACUGCACCGUCAGGAGAUGGCGCAACAAAAUCUUCGGAAGAUGUGGAUGCGGUGAAAGGCGCUUCAAAGUCUUCCGCAAUGACUGCCAUGGCCCCAUCCAAAGCAGAGCCAGGAGCUGCUGGCCAUUCAAAACGAGAGCGCAAGAGCCGCGCAGCAAGAGAGAAUCAGCGCUUGAGACAGGACUUGACAAGAAAGGAGGAUGAAGCAGCGCAAUUUGCACGUCGUAAUGAUGACCUGCAGAGCCAACUCACCCAGCGCGAAAAAGAAAAUGAGCAGCUUAGAGAGCAGUUGGACAAACAGAAGUGUGUCACCAAAAGGCUGGAGAAAAAGAACAUCGCAGUGAAAGACCUGCUCAAUCACGUUCAGCUUCAAGCACAUGAAGCACAUGAUGAGUUGCGGCUGAAAGGACAAAGGAUCACACGUCUGGAGAAUGAGAAUGCAUAUAUGAAGAAGAGGAUUGAAGAUUUGUUGCAUCAACGCAACAUGAUUGAAGGUUUGCUGCAUCAACGCAAGGUGGUGCAGAAUGGAAAUUCGUCCGAGGGCGAAUGGUGCGAAUGGCAAUUUGAAGAGGACGGUGGUCAUUGGGUGCCUUUUCUGGCCGAUGCCAGCAAACUCCUUAUGGAGGACUUUCUGAAUGGCAGUGAGGAGUGCUACAUUGAUAUGGGAGGGAGGUUAUACACGAUCAGUUUCAAAGAGAUGUCGCAGAUGAACACAGUGACCCAAAAGCUUCGAAGGAUUCGCUGCUGCUUUCCGUUACCGAGCCAUUGGGAGUUGAAGGAUGAAGAUACGUGUGAUGUGCACCCAUGGAAAGUUGUGCAGAAGGUGGAAGACCAACAAACACUGUCAGACUUGCAAGACCUCUUGAAUCAAUCGUUGCUGCGUCAUGAUGGUACCGCUUGUAACUGCCUGCAUGGAAGUUCAAGGUUUCAGCUGAAGGAGGCAUUCCAGAUCAAAAAUUUGAUAUUAUGGCGGCGGUUCCAGCGCUUUGGUCAAAGCAUUCGGGAAAAGCACAGGCUGGAGGGCAUCACCCCUGAGGUCAUCCAACCACCUGUGGGGAAUGCACUGACCGAAUUUGCCAAGAAGAUCCAGGUCGAUGAAUCUGUGAAUGAUCGACUGUUGUUUCAUGGGACGAGGACUUUUGCCUUGGCAGAACAGAUCGCGAAAGAAGGUUUUGACAGCCGGAUCGCCAAUAGUAACGGGCUGUAUGGCAAGGGAAGCUAUUUUGCAUCGCAGACAUGCAAAAGUGCACAAUAUGCAACAGAAUCAGGAAUGACCGCAAAAGCAUCGCCCAAUAUGCUCGGGACCAUGCUCGUUGCGAGAGGCCCGGAUGACACCGGGGCGCUCUACUUCGCUUUCGCCUUCACUGUGACGGCCUCGGCCUGGCCUGGGAAGGGAGAGGACUUCUUCUUGAAGAAAGAGAAUGUGCCUGGAUCUGGCAGCAAGGUGCAGAAGCUCCGCCCAAGGAGGCGCAAGAAAUCGCAGCCCGGGGAAGUCGGUGAGAUUGAACAGCGGAAAGGCGUGGAAUCUCGCAGAGUGGCAUUUUCCGUGACCUCGGUUCAGGUGGGUGAAGACACGUUUCAGGAAGUUGAUUUUGAGGAUGAGCAGCUCACGAGCUUCCGGUCAUGGGACCAGAAGCACGAUGAAACCUUUGAUGGUCCUCUUGGUGUUCCUUUGCCACCAGGAUCCGCAACAGCGUGGGACAUCCGCCUAACGCCGGCGGGAGAGCGCAAGCUACGCGCAACGGUGCGCGAGGCACCUGCACGAUUGCGGCCGGGUACGGAGUACACGAUACGCAUAGAAGCGACCCCAGACCGCAUUCUUUUCUCCCGCAUCGGUGCCACAGCCAGCUUACGGCGCAAUUGGUAUCUGCAGCGACGUGCGCGACCAAAGUGCCCACAGUUCUCCAAUUGCCCGGUGCCAAAGUACCUGGCGGAAAAUUCAGAAGCCAAUGCCAGGCUGACGCAAUUAUACUUCCGUGCGUGGACCCUGAAUGGCGCCGAGGAGUCGGAAAACGUUCCUUUCCUGGGGCAUUUGCUCGGCAAGCACGAGUCCUGGGAAGACUCCUUGCGCAACUGGCUGCAGCGUUUGCCGUGCGCAGAAACGAAACGGAACGUAGGCAACUUUUUAUCCGUGUAUCGGGUGCGGCCACACGCGGAAGCCGACGGUAAUAGUGAUGACGACGGAGCUGACGAGCCAAUUGUUCUAACUACAGCGCAGUUACCCGGAGCGUUGCGGACGCAGUUGCCCGCACAGCGGCGAAAAAAGAACUCCGCGCAGAACGAUGAACAGGGCAACCGAGCAGAAGAAGCAAUCCAGCAAGCAGACACUCUGUGGUGUACCCCAAUCCCAACCCAGCCACCCACGCCCAAGCAGUCCGCGACCUAUGAGGUAAUUUGUUGCGCGGCGGCUCGCAAAGCGGCUCGAGCCAAGCCAGCUACGACCCAGCACGGUCUACUAGCGAUCGAGGAGCGAUCAGCAGCCGUGUUCUGUGCCCCGACGCACAUAAGAGACGCGGUACGAACCUGGAGUGCUCAGCUUGCGGAAACAGCGGCGUGCAACCCGGAACAAGAAAGCUUUUGUGCGAAAGUCGCCGCGCGUGUACUGCAGGAAUUGGAGGACAGCCAGCUGGAACCAAGCGUGCCCCACUCGAAACCCCUACGUUGGGUGCUCCACGGUGGCCCCGGAACUGGCAAGUCACACACACUGAAACUGAUACGAAAAGAGUUGUUUGAAACAACGUUGGGCUGGACACAUGGUAUCCACUUUCAAGUGGUCAGUUUUCAAGCAGUCAUGGCAGAGCUGCUAGAAGGGGACACCAUCCACCACGCGCUCGGCUUAAAUUGGGCGGGAGAAAGGGAGCAAAGUCAUUUACGCACACUGCUUCGCACACAACAAACAUUGCAAUGGCGCUGGUUGAUUUUAGAUGAGUUCAGCAUGGUGAGUGCAGAACUGCUCGCGCAGUUGGAGCAGCGAUGUCGCGAAAUCAUGCGCGAUCUCAGCCUGGCUAAGUUCCGGGACGACGGCGUCGUGGAAGCGUUCGGUGGCCUGAACGUGAUUUUGGCCGGCGAUUUGUAUCAGCGAACCAAACAAAGCACAGGCUUGCACGGUCAGACGUUGCUGUGGGGCGGGCCGGCAGUGGGCACGCAAGGUGUCACUGAACUCGUACGCUGCGAGCGGACCGCCGACACAUGGUUGACCGAAGUGCAGGAACAGCUGCGGUACGGAGAGCUGUCGCAGGACAACCAUGCGUUUCUACACGGCCAUGGAACCAGCGUGCCGGGAAGCUGGACGAAGGGAGCCCCAGCAUGCUGCAGAAGUCUCUGUGGAGCCCUGGUUGGCAAAAGUCCGGAGGAGAUCCGCCAACGCGAAUGCGGCACUUGCCGCAAAGAGCGUGCGUCCAGGCACUUGGUAGCUUGCGACAAGGAUCCGCGGCUCCGAGGCGAGAAGGAGGGCAGUUCUGAGCUGGUAGAUUUUGUGGAGGCCGUGGCCUGGCCGGGCGCCCGGCCGGACGCGGCAGCGUCGCCGUAUCACGCCUUCGCGGCGGCGGCACCGCAUAUCUUGAAGAAGCCUGAGCAAUGGCCUGGUGCACCUAGCAGUUCGAGCACGGUGCGCUUGUUGUGGGAUGAGCAAGCCCUCUACGUUUGCUGGGAGCUUCACGGCAAAGUUGCCUCUCCAGUGCAGCUGAAAGAGAAUCCCACCUUGCAGGGUCCUCUUAAGGGCUUGCCCGCAGAGCAGUGCAGCUUGCUCUUCGACGAGCGCGUGGAAUGCUUCCUGUGGCAGCCCACUGAAGGAGGCAACCCUUCGGACACAUACUACGCGUUCGAGAUCAACCAUGACGGAAAGGCUUUGACCAACCGAGCCCGGUUUGGGGGUAUUUUUGGCUUUGACUGGGAUUCUUCGGAUGCCUUCUCAGUCUGGACUGAUGAGCUCCCCUUGGCCACAGAAGCCGACCCCAGCUCGGCCAGCUGCUUUGCCUCUCGUGUGGUCAUCGCUGAGUUCAGAUGGAAAGCUUUGGGCUUUGAUAUCACGAGUGAGAUCCGUAUUGGGCUUCAUCGUGCACAACAUCCAGCACAUUUAAAAACAAGAGAUAUGGACAAAAAAGAAAUGGAUGCCUUGCUGAAUGAGAUGAUUUGGUCAAGCUGGGUGGAUCCACAUGAUGCCGUGGUGAACUUCCACCGACCCGAGAUGUUCGGGAAACUGAUCUUGAAGUCAGGCCACGAGGAUGAGAGCUUUGCUGCAGCUCGCCUCCUAGGCUCCAAGGUGCUUCGAGUCCUGCGCUCACCAAAGCUGCUCUUGGAUGACUGUCCUCCAGGUUCGUUGUUGAUUCGGGUGAAGUAUGCCUCUCUGUGCGGCUCGGACUUCCCGUUCUUCCGACGGAGGCCCAGCAGUUCUUUGGGCUCCCUCUACUGGGAUCGCGAUGGAUUCUGUGGGCACGAGGCCAUCGGUGUUGUGCUGGACUCGCGUUCAGAUCGCUUCGCCAUUGGAGACGCUGUGCUGGCGCUACCCUCCUCCUAUUUUAAGGCCCAUGCUUCCAGCAGAGCGGAAUGGUUUGAUGAGAAUGUGCACAAUGUGCUUUUGGAGAACAUGCCCGUGCGAGGUGGCUUCGCAGAGAUCUUCACCAGCCACGAGCUCUACGCGUACAAGAUCUCGGAGUGUGUGCCACGAAUGCUGCUUGCUCAAGCCUUGGGGUCUUUGCUUUGCAUGCUGAGGAGACUUGGGUCGCUCAUUGGCCAGACCGUGGUGAUACUAGGGCAGGGGCAAAAUGGGUUGAUGACCACGCGACUCUUGUCUCAGAUGUGCCUAAGGCACCUCAUCGCCGUGGAGCCCCUGGAGUUCCGCCGGCGCCAGGCCCGGCGCUUCGGCGCCGGUCGGGCCGUGGCGCCCGGAGAGGCGCUGACGGCGGUGAAGGCGGUGGCGCCGAAGGGAGCAGAUCUGGUGCUGGAGAUGGUGGGACACAACCAGGAGACCAUCAAUGAAGCCUUGGACUUGGUGCGAAGUGGUGGAACGGUCGUGGCCUUUGGCGUUCCAGAUGAUCCCGUCUAUAACUUCCACUAUGGCAAGUUCUUCCGGAAGAAUGUGACACUCAUGGCCUCCGUCUUCCCGGAUCCAGGCGUCGACUUCCCCGCAGCUGUCGAGCUUUUGGAGACUGGGCGCUUUGACACCGAAGGCAUCAUCACGCACACGUUUCCACUGGUGGAGAUCCAGAAAGCCUUCACCCUGGCCACUGAGUAUCAGGAUGACGUGAUCAAGGAUGCCAUCAUCAUCGGUGCAGGCGUCAUCGGCAACUCCAUUGCCCUGGAGCUUUCCCGAAAUGGCUGGCGGACGUUGAACAUCGACAAGCUCCGCGGCUCGGGUCAAGGAUCAACAGGAUACUCUUCCGGAAUCUGCAGGAUGAUGUACAGCCUUCUGGACAGUGUAAAGUUUGCAUGGGAAGGCUACACCUACUUCGAAAACUGGGAGGACCAUAUUGGCUUGAAGGACCCACCCGGAGGCCUGGCGCGGCUGCGGCGCUGUGGCGCCUUGGUGCUUCGGUCUCCGCAGAGCCAGCUCUUUUUGGAGCGGGUGGUCGCCAGCCAUGAGGCGGUGGGUUUGCCCUUCGAACACUGGUCCAGUGAAGAGAUACAACAGCGCUUGGCAUUCGACAUGCAGCGCUAUGGUCCGCAGGUGCGCAUCGAUGAUGAGUCCUUUGGUGAACCGACCGGGGCUCCUCUCGGCGACGGGGUGUAUUUUCCCACCACAGGAUACGUGAGCGAUCCAAUGUUGGCAGCGUGCAAUCUGCAAGCUGCUGCUGAGGCCACGGGAAACGCGCAGUUCUCCUUUGGGCAGACCGUCACGGAGAUCUUGCAGCGGAACGGCCGUGUGGCAGGUGUCCGCUGUGGGACGGAGGAGCUCGAGGCUCCGGUGGUGGUGAACGUGGCUGGGCCACACUCGUCCCAGAUCACCGGCAUGGCACUGGGAGAGAAGCAUGACAUGACCAUCUCUACGCGACCCAUGCGCCAGGAGGUGGCCUAUGUCGCUUCUCCCCCGGAGGUUUCUUGGGAUGAUGGUGGCGAAGGGCUGGUGUGUACCGACAUGGACGCUGGCGUGUACUUUCGGCCCGAAGUGGGUGGCAAGAUCUUGGUGGGGAGUGUGGAACCUUCCUGCGACGAGAACUUCCACAUCUACCCCUCAGAUCCAGAGGCGGUGUAUCCCGGCAGGGAGCUGGCAUCCUUGACAGAUCAGUGGACCAAUCAGGUCUAUCGAUUGGCCUUGCGGAUCCCUACGUUGCCGCUGCCCGAAGCAGGGAACGUUCAAGGCUGUGCGGCUUGCUACGAUGUCACGGAGGACUGGGUGCCAAUCUACGACAAGUCAGCUUUGCCAGGUUUCUACAUGGCCAUUGGCACCAGCGGAAAUCAGUUCAAGAAUGCGGGCGUGGCCGGCCGGCUGAUGCGCGAGCUCAUCGAGGCUGGGGAGUCUGGCCUCGAUACCGAUGCAAAGCCCUUGGAUUUCCAAAUGAAGAGGAUACCCUGUGGCGGCAGCAUCAGCAGCAGCACCUUUUCGCGGAAGCGAGAGCUUUUGCAGACGAGCGGUUCCGUUUUGGGGUGA